AUGGACCUGGACAAUGACGUCGUCGCCAUCGAGGCCGUCAAGAUCCAGGAAUCGAUCCUGUCGCCCGGAACACAACAGCUCGUGCCCAUCGCGUCAGACGUCGAGGUCCGCGCCCGCCUCGCCGCUCUCGCGUCGCCAUGGUUCCGCCACCUCGGGCCCGCCAGGAGGCUCCGGGAGGCCGUGGCGGCCAUCCCCUUCGCCGAGAACGUCCCGGCCCCCGGUGUCGUGGGGGGAGGCAGCUUUUCCGAGUUUCCGCAGCUCAUGUCUGCGGACGUCGUGGCGGAGCUCGCCGAAUUCUCCGAGAACUCCGCGCCCAGGUGCGGGGCGAGGUAUAACCCCCCCCGUAUGCGGCCUCGAAUCUGCGAGGGCGACCUGGAUGAGGGCAAGCCGCGGAAGUGGAUGAGGACACAGAAGAAAGCCGCAGCUGGGAAAUGA